AUGGCCACCGACUCCACCGAAGCGCCUCCUACUGCUUUCGUCUCCCACAACGACUGCUGGUACCACAUCAUUAACGGCCCCUUCGCUAUGCCCUUCAAGUAUAUCAAGCUUGGGAGGACAAUCAGCGGCACAGAGCAGACGUCCCAAGUCAAGAUCUUCAUGACGGAUGGCGGUUACGAAGCAUUUGGGAGGCUACGUGGGGCCGCAAGGAAGGAGGAAAUGAAAAGACUGGCAGAGACCUUCUUCCCGGACUGCGCCGAGGGUCCGGAGGGUACUGGGACCGCGGAGGCUACUGACACCGAAUCAGCACCCGAAAGUGGCGAAGUAGAGGCUCGGAGGGUCAAGUGGGACUACGGUGUCAUCAAAGUUGAAGGUCCCACUAGCGUCAGCUACAAAGGCAGUCGGUACACCACAUACGUCACCAAGACGCAACCCAUAUACGGUCACAUCAUCAAGAUCGUUUUGAACGGGAAAGCGAAGGAUACAAACGAAUCGACCGGCUCCAUUCAGAUCACCGACCCUAAAGUGAUUGAGGCUUACCAAACCUUCGUUGACAAUGCUCACGCAGCUGCUUACACGGCCGUCUCGACCGGUCCUGCUCAUGCGCAUCUCGUCGAAUCUGAGCAACGAUCCGUCGCGAAGAAGCGUGCGAAGGAGGAGAUACAGACCUAUCUCGGGACACUGGCGAGGGACUUGUGUGAAGGGAGGCAGGGUGGCGGAGAGAUUGCCAAGGCCAGCCACCACGAUGACGAGCCGCCCAAGUGA